CGCGGCUGGGUUCCUGGAGGAGCUGCCUCUUACCUAGAUUCCUGAGAAAACGCCGAAAACCCGUGGACCAGGGCCUAGGCCCUUUGCCUCUUGGGGCUUCAGAGAGCCUGGGCCCCACUGUCUGGGAGGAGCCACCCGCGGUCAACAGCGCAGAGAGGCCCAAGGGAUGAGGACACCACAGAGCGUUGUGAAGCCCUCGCUGCAGGAGCCGGGCCGAGCCUGACGUCUGUCCUCUCCACGUGCGCACCGGCUUCCGAGGGAGCGGCCGGCCAGUGGCUGCCGCAUGGAACGUCUGCAGAAGCAACCUCUUACCUCCCCGGGGAGCGUCAGCUCCUCCAGAGACUCCAGUGUACCCGGCUCUCCCUCCAACAUCGUGGCCAAGAUGGACAACCAGGUGUUGGGCUACAAAGACCUGGCCGCCAUCCCCAAGGACAAGGCCAUCCUGGACAUUGAGAGACCUGACCUCAUGAUCUACGAGCCCCAUUUUACCUAUUCCCUCCUGGAACACGUAGAGCUUCCCAGAAGUCGGGAGUGCUCACUGUCACCCAAAUCCACAUCCCCACCACCUUCUCCAGAGGUGUGGGCGGAGAGCCGGACACUUGGAAUCAUCUCUCAGGCUUCAACACCAAGGACCACAGGAACCCCCAGGACCAGCCUGCCCCAUUUCCACCACCCUGAGACUACCCGCCCGGAUUCCAACAUCUACAAGAAGCCACCCAUCUACAAGCAGAGAGAAUCGGUGGGAGGCAGCCCUCAGAGCAAGCACCUCAUCGAGGACCUCAUCAUUGAGUCAUCCAAGUUCCCAGCAGCACAGCCCCCUGAUCCCAACCAGCCAGCCAAGAUAGAGACUGACUAUUGGCCGUGUCCCCCGUCGCUGGCUGUUGUGGAGACAGAAUGGAGGAAGCGGAAGGCAUCUCGAAAGGGCGCAGAGGAAGAGGAGGAGGAGGAAGAUGAUGACUCUGAAGAGGAGAUUAAGGCCAUCAGGGAGCGGCAGAAAGAGGAACUCAGUAAGGUUACUUCCAACUUGGGAAAGAUGAUCUUGAAAGAAGAGAUGGAAAAGUCAUUGCCCAUCCGGAGGAAAACGCGCUCUCUGCCUGACCGGACACCCUUCCAUACCUCCUUGCAUUCGGGAACGUCUAAGUCCUCGUCCCUUCCUUCCUAUGGCAGGACCACCCUGAGUCGGCUACAGUCCACAGAAUUCAGCCCAUCCGGAAGUGAGGCUGGGAGCCCAGGCCUGCAGAACGGAGAGGGCCAGAGGGGGAGGAUGGAUCGGGGGAACUCCCUGCCCUGUGUGCUGGAGCAGAAGAUCUAUCCCUAUGAGAUGCUGGUGGUGACCAACAAGGGGAGAACUAAGCUGCCUCCCGGUGUGGACCGCAUGAGGCUUGAGAGGCAUUUGUCAGCAGAGGACUUCUCUAGGGUCUUCGCCAUGUCUCCUGAGGAGUUUGGCAAGCUGGCCCUGUGGAAGCGGAACGAACUCAAGAAGAAAGCUUCCCUCUUCUGACAUCCCUGCCAGCUCGCCCUGUCCCCGUGACAGUACCUUCCUUCUGCUGCUUGAGGCCCUGAAGCUGGGGCUGUGAGACCCCACAGUGACUCCUCUUCCUCUGCUGGCUGGGAGCAGCAGGAGGCUGGGCCUAAGUGUCAGGCUCCACUCCUCAGGGAGAGAGCCAAGAAGUGCACAGUCCCAGAGUCAUGAGGCAUGGACUUCCUUCCCCACGAUGGGCCAGGGGGCCUUACCUUUUCCCUGGGCUCCACUGCCUAGCCAAACCCAGUCCAGACUCCAGCACACAGUCAAUGUUUGCACCCAUUUCCUGUCUGUCACCCCACAUGAGGGUCCCCAGGAGACAGUGAGGAGAAAUGAAGGGAGUUUAGUGGAGAGGUCUGUCUGCUAUCCUGUACAGGGGGAGGCAGCAGCUCUGGGACCCUGUGCCUGUCUACCCAAAGGCUCCAGCCAGUUGCACUCCUGACAGCUUCCUGCACUCAGGCCCGAUGCUUCUCUAACUGGCAGAAGCAGGCUCUACCUGGGCCUCCAGGUGGGAGGUCAUCCUCCCUCUAGCUUAUAUGUCCUGUUCUUUGCAACCCCUAAGCUUCAAACGUCUUGCUCGAGACCAGAGCUCAUUCAAAGCUCUGGCUAAGAGCAGAGACGCUAUUCACACGACGCCUCACCACCACCAGCCUCCAGGCAAAACCAGAUAGACUGCACCCUUCUAUCACCUGUCCAGGGACCACAGAGCCCAGGCCUCAGCCUCCCUUACAUGGGACUAAGAGACCUAGCUUGGGGCAUCUCUGAGAGUUCAGGCUCCCAGGUCCCUCCUCCGUUUGCUGUGCAUCUCCUACUGUGCUCUCUACAGAAUGUAAUUUAUUGGGGCACCCUCUGCUGCUUCCUUUCCCUGACUCCUUGCCCUACCUAAUUGCACUUCCAGUCCUGUCUGUCCACAUAUGUACAUGUAUAUAAUUAUACAUAUAUAUAUAUAUAUCUAUUUUGCCCAGAUCUGGGUUUCGUUUUUACCCAGACCCCGGCACUCCCUGUCCACUGUGUGUGAGAUCAUACUAGGAGGGGUAACUGCUUGGAAUUAAAAGGUUGCACUGGGUCCCUAAA